UAUGUAUUAAAUGUCAAAAAUAUGAACCAGGUUUGACCAAUCUUGGUCCUUGCAACUCAUAAACCCACAGUGCUUCUUUAUGAAGACAACAGUGGACUUGAUGUCAUGCCCAUGAUGUCAUGCCCUGUCUAACAUGCCCUGAAUUAACAAUAGUACAAAGCAGCUGGUGGAAGCUUAAAGCUCCUGUAAGAGAUACACGUUGUACACUAUGUAGGCUAGUUGGUUUUAUUCUUAUAGCUACGAAACAGAUGCUCUGACAAGGAUCUGUACUACAAUUUUGAUUACAUUUUUUUUAUUUGAACUGUCCAGCUGUAAUGAUCAGGAAAGUGUAUUGCUGGAAACCUGGCAUGUUUAUUGAAGGGAGGGGAUGUGGUCGUGCAGUGGCUCAGUAUAUGCUAAACAAAUACUAACAACAUAGCAUCUUGAAAGGAACAAUGAGGAGGGUUGGAGUAGUAUCUUAGCAUACCUUACAUGAGCCUUUGUUAAUGACCGAUCAGAAAAAAAAAAAAAAAAUCCUAAUUUGCUUUUAUGAACCUCUCAGUUUUUAUAUGGGCAUGCAUACCUCACUGUAACAAUUACUUUGCAGUGAAAUAUGCUUCAGAACUGGUAGCACGGUGUAUACUUUUGCUACUUGGAAGCACGUUUUUUUUCACGUUAACAUUAUCCAAAGAAUUUUUUGCGAAAUUAACUGACUUUCAGUGAUAGUGGGUCGAUACUUUUUAUUACGUAAUGACAUCAAGUCAUUACGCGUGACGUUCGUACCAUUUCCCAGCAUGCAUCUGUACAGCGUUUUUCAACAACAGUGAACCACACAGACCACAGAAGCCCCAGUCGGUGCUGCGUGGAUGUGGUAGCUCGCUGUAGCUACAGGGUAAUAUGAGCUGUCGGACCCCGUCCAGCCAAGACGUAUCCAGUAAUGCUUGAUAUAAUGUCAACGCUGUCAGAGAAAUGAGCUCUGGGAAAAAUAUGGGGCUCCAUUUACUAGCUCACCUCCCGAAAGGCCUGUGAGGUCUGCAAGUCACCCACCCGUCUCUUCGGAGGAUUCCCCCCCGCCUGCAGGUCCCCACUACUGCCAGGCAAUGACAGCGGCCUCCACAACCCCGCAGCAGAUAAGAGACCGGCUGCUGCAAGCUAUUGAUGGCCAAAGCAAUAUUCGCAAUAUGAUUGCGGUUUUGGAAGUAAUUUCACACUUGGAGAAAUACCCCAUCACCAAAGAAGCACUUGAGGAGACUCGGCUUGGUAAGUUAAUAAAUGAUGUCAGGAAAAAGACAAAGGAUGAAGACCUUGCUAAACGGGCAAAAAAACUAUUGCGGACCUGGCAGAAGCUGAUUGAACCAGGGCAAAGUGAACUGCCGCCCAAGGAGUACACAGGAACCAAUGGAGGAGCCUUCUCCAGCCGUAUAGAUUAUUCGCCCCCAGCUGUCACCUCAGUCUCAGGAAAAUCUGCCCCUGAGCUGAAAAUUAGAAAUGAUUUUCUUAACUGUAACUACCCAAAGGUUGAGGUAUCAGGUCACCGAAAACGCAAGGGUGGACAGACAGAUGCUCAGCACUUACUAGCCAAAAUCUCCAAAACGUCAGCCUUUGAACAUCACUCGGUUGCCACACCGCCUCCAACCAAUGGCAUUGCUGGAAGCCCAGAUACACUUUUAAACACAUUUGAUGUGAACAACUCACUUCAUCAUCAGUCAGACAAGGACUCCAUAGACUACCAUGACCACGACAGACCCAGCAAAGUUCCUGUCAAUGCUGUCAAGCCUCACCCUAGUUCCCCCGCUGUUGCUAAACCACCUAGCGCUUCAUUAUUGCUUAAAACCGCUGUGUCACAGCAGCAGGCCAAGAAGGACCUGACUGCCACAGGCGUAGUGCAGCACCCCCCCAAGAGUCCCUGCUCCGCUGCGGUCAAUCCCAAAUCUAACGUUCCAGAAACGUUAGGAAGAUGGCCUCCCCCCUCUGUGAAAGUCACCAUUUCAAGUCCCGCUCCGAGCCCCAAAGUGCCAUCAGACAGCUUCGGCUCUGGGCCCUCCUUGCACUCACCAAGCCCUGCUCUCAGAGAAUCAUGUCAAGACGGGCAGCCUCUGGUGGAGAAGGCCCAUGACUGGCAGGCCGACGUGGGCUCUGGGCACGGUGAAGGGACUCCGGGGUCUAAGCAUGAUGCUGUGUCCUCGCUACACUCAGUGACGGUUGUGCCUGACGGGGGUCCCCCUACAGAGGGGGUCAAGCUGGAGAGUGAAGGGGCCGCGCACCACUCUGAGAGGAAGAGGAAGAAGUAUCGGUCCAGAGAUUACGCGGUCAGUCUGAUCGGGCAGCACACAGACGACAGCAAAAAACCUGCUAAGUUAAAAGACCGUAAGCUGACGUUUGACCCUGUUACCGGGCAGAUUAAGCCCUUAGCGCUGAAGGAGUCCCAACCCAGGGAGGACACACCCACGUCGACCGUGCCUGAAACUCACUGGACAGACCCACACAAGCAGAACACCGGGCCUCCGCCGAACCCCCUCCAGCAGACAAACUGGAAAGAGCUGACGCGAAACGGAAUCAUCCAGUCAUAUCUGAACUUGCAGAGCAACAUGCUCACGACCUCGGGGGGACACACCCCUGGGGCCCACUUUUUCAUGACGGAGUUCUUCAAGCACGAGGAGCAUCAUAUGAAGGAGGGGAGAAAAACACAUGCUCUGGUGCCCGACGCGCCUGCAGAACACUUACCUGGGGUUACGCGAGAGGUCACCAAAGAAGACAUCCACAAAUUACACACAGACCACUGGCCUGGGGUAAACGGCUGUUACGACACCAAGGACAGUUGGCACGACUGGACUGAGUGCAUAUCAUUAGCCCCCCAUGGGGACGAGGGUAAAUUACACAUCUUGCCAUAUGUCUGCCUAGACUAAGAAUUGUAGCCUUUCAUUUUUAUGUGAAAAGAGAGCCGUUUGGCCCUCUUGUUUGAAUGAGUGAGAUGAUGAUGAUAAAUGAACUCUGGCAAUCUUGAACUUUUUAUAUAUAUAUAUAUCGUUUGGGUUGACAUGCGUGUUACCUACCAACAUUCCAUUCUGCCUCCUGGUUGGUCUCUGUUCAGAUACAAGUUGCUGACAGAGACACAAAUCUGCAAAAUGUACACAUUUUGAUAUGUGUAUGUGCAAGUGUUUUAUUAAUUUAUCUUUUGUUGUAUAAAAAAAAAAACAUAAAUUAAAAUGGUAAAUGAUGCUAUUUAGUUUCGACUUUGUACUGUGAGUAAAACGGAAGUAAAUAAAUUGUUUAUAUGCUGAAA